AUGUUCAGGGAAACAUCGCCCACACUUGCCGUCUCGGAGAGCAUUGCUCACACGGAAGCACUAGAUCUGGUUGCGCACAAUGCGUCGCUCAGUGACGAGCCCUUUAGGGUCAAUAAUGCAUUCCGACUUGACCCCGACCCUCGCAAGGUCAACCUGAGCAUCGGCGUCUUUCGGUCGGACCAAGCGGCUCCUUGGCCUUUGCCUGUUGUUCAAAAAGCCGAGCAGAUCAUUCAUCAAGAACAAGACCCCUACCGCCACGAGUAUAAAGGCAUCAUUGGGGACGAGGGCUUUCUGUCGGCCGCAAGAGACCUCGCGUUCGGGUUUGACAAGACUACACAUCAGCAAGACGCGAACCGCGUGGUCUCUGUACAGGCAAUCUCCGGAACCGGUGCCAACCAUAUUGGCGCCAUGCUCAUAGCACGACGGUUCAGACCGAUAAACGUAUGGUUGCCAGAUCCGACUUGGAGCAACCAUUACACGAUUUGGGACUUUGUAGGCGUCCGUUGCCGAGCGUAUCCAUACUACGAUGAAGUGGCCCAGUCAAUGAAUCUCGAAGCCAUGGUUGGCACGCUCUCAACCCAAGCAUGUAAAGGCGAUGCCAUUGUGCUCCAAGCCUGUGCACACAAUCCUACAGGUACAGAUCCGACUCGGGACGAGUGGAAGAAGAUUGCCCUGACCUGCCGGCAACUCGGGCUCAUUGUCCUGUUCGACUCUGCCUACCAAGGCUUUGCGACGGGCAACGUCGACGACGAUGCCUGGGCAGUGCGCUACUUCUUCGGCCAAAAGCUUGAUAUAUGCGUGGCCCAGUCCUUUUCCAAAAACUUUGGCCUUUAUGGGCAGCGGGUUGGCGUCCUUCACGUCGCGCUGGCCGAGCCCUCUGCCGAGGAUGCGGCUGCCAUUCUGUCCGAGCUCACUCACUUCAUCCGCGCCGAGUACUCGACAGCUCCUGGCUGGGGCAGCACCAUUGUCAAGCGAGUCCUGAAAGAUCCGGAGUUGCGCAGCCAGUGGAUCCAAGAUCUGGGCACAAUGAGCCGCCGCAUCCGCUCGAUGCGAGAGGCCUUGUUUCGCAAGCUCGUCGAGUUGCAGACCCCUGGCUCGUGGGAGCACCUCUUGACCCAGGUCGGCAUGUUCUCCUACACUGGUCUGGGACCUCGUCAAGUCUCCGUCAUGCGCCGGCAACAUCACAUUUACAUGCUUCAGUCUGGUAGAAUAUCAUUAUCUGGUCUGGUGUCCGAACAAUUAACAAGCAUGCAAGUCCAAAGCAGCAAUGUCUCCUACGUUGCGUCGUGUAUUGACAAUGUCAUACGGGAUGCUAACAUAGACGUUGAGUAG